CCCAGCCCGGCGCCGGGAGCCGAGCGCUGCCCGCCGGGCUCCGGCCGGGAUGGGGAAUGCUGGCAGGACGGGGGACACCCUCGGCAUGCGGAACGCGGGGCUGGGCGUCGCGGUGCUGCUCCUGGGCUGCCUCCUGUCCGCGGCGUCCAGCACACGGCCAGAGUGCAGCAUCAUGCAGGAGAUCGAGGAGGAGCGGAGCCAGUGCCUGGCAGAGCUCACUGGGGAUAACCAGACCGCAGGUUGCAGGAGGCAGUGGGACAACAUCACGUGCUGGCCCGAAGCGGAGGUGGGGGAAGUCGUGGUACGACCAUGCCCCAAGUACUUCAGAUUCCUCACCUCUUUCCUUGGGAACGUGACCAGGAAUUGCACAAGCCAGGGCUGGUCGGAUGUGUACCCUGCUCCCUACACCGUAGCUUGUGGAUACGAUUCCAACAGCACUCCAGGGGAAGAGCAAACGGCGUUCUACGGCACGGUCAAGACCGGCUACACCAUCGGACACACCUUGUCCCUCAUUGCCCUCACAGCUGCUAUGAUCAUCCUGUGUCUCUUCAGAAAACUGCACUGCACUCGAAAUUAUAUUCACAUGCAUCUCUUCAUGUCCUUCAUAAUGAGAGCCAUUGCAGUCUUCAUCAAAGAUGUCAUCCUGUUUGAAAGUGGAGAGUCCGAGCACUGCUUUGUGAGCUCAGUAGGCUGCAAAGCCAUGAUGGUUUUCUUCCAGUACUGUGUGAUGGCCAACUUCUUCUGGCUGCUGGUGGAGGGGCUGUACCUUCACACCCUGCUGGUCAUCUCCUUCUUCUCGGAGAGGAAGUACUUCUGGUGGUACAUCCUGAUCGGCUGGGGUGCCCCCUCCGUGUUCAUCACUGCUUGGACCAUUGUCAGGAUUUACUUCUUUGACGUUGGGUGCUGGGAGGAAAUAGUGGAAUCCCCAUUCUGGUGGAUCAUUAAAACUCCUAUUUUGGUGUCUAUUUUGGUGAACUUCAUCCUCUUCAUCUGCAUCAUCCGCAUCCUGGUGCAGAAGUUGCAUUCCCCGGACGUCGGGCACAACGAAACCAGCCAAUAUUCGAGGCUGGCCAAGUCCACCUUGCUGCUGAUCCCUCUCUUUGGCAUUCACUACAUCAUGUUUGCUUUCUUCCCUGACAAUUUCAAAGCAGAAGUGAAGCUGGUCUUUGAGCUCGUGGUUGGGUCCUUCCAGGGAUUCGUGGUGGCCGUUCUGUACUGUUUUCUCAACGGAGAGGUCCAAGCUGAGCUCAAAAGGAAGUGGCGGAGGUGGCACCUGGAGAGGUUCCUGGGCUCGGACAUGAAGUACCACCACCCUUCCUUGGGCAGCAACGGCACCAACUUCAGCACCCAGAUCUCCAUGCUGACCAAGUGCUCGCCAAAGACUCGCCGCUGCUCCAGCUUCCAGGCCGAAUUCUCCCUGGUGUGACAGGGAGGGGGCUCUCCCAAGCAGGGAGCAAUCCAACAGAGACACCGAGAGACUGAGGGACCCCAGGGGGGACCAGCGGUGACAAAAAUCCCUGUGAAGUGACACGCUCCACGUGAGCCAGCAGAGGACACGCAACUGGAAAAGCCGCCGGCAUCCAGGACGGGACCGGACGAGCCGAGAGGCAGAGAAAAGCUUUUCCUCUGCCUCUUUUCAGGCCUUUCACUCCUCAGUUUUGAGCCCUUGAGGGGGUUGAUAACUCUGAGUAAAGGUCCCAGUCGCUUGAGGAAAGCCUGGGAGAUCCUGGUGUGUGGUAAAUGAUGAAGUACAGGGGAGGAAGGGAGGGGAGAGCCCGAGAGUCCUUGGGGGCUUUACCGGAACCGGCAUCUCUGAAACAGAUAAAUUGCACUUUUUCUUUUUUUUUUUUUUAAAUGAGCCAGUAAAGGAGAGAGGGAGGCAAGAAGCAGAAAAAAAAAAAAAAAAAAAAAAAAGCCAAACGUAUGAAUGUGCCAAAAUUCCUGUGGAUAAGAGGUGAUGACGAGGCACCGAAGAUGGAGUUGGGGAGAAGGGACAGGAGGAACAUGAGCAGGAAAGGAGAGGCCCCUGCGUUUCACACAGGUGAAGAUGAAGCUGCAGCGCCAGGAAAGCCUCUCAGAGGAUGCCCCAGGGCUGCAGUGUGUUCUGCUAAUAACUCCCCAUCCUCAUUCAGCAAAAGCUUUCCAGGCAUCCUUGGCGCCCUCUGGAAAAGCAGGUUGCUGAGAAGGAACAGCGUGAGAAUUCCCUUCUCUGCACCGUGUUCAGGACGUGCUGUUUGUUUUGGUUGUGUUCAAUGACCAGGAAACUCGGUUUGCAUGUAUAAAAACCAGGUACAGGUGCCAAAAGCAGAGCAUGGCUGUGUUUUUCCUUCGAGUUCUCCCGUAGAUCUUGGUGCCUUAAAGCACCGGGACCGUGAGGGAUCGGGGGGAAAAUAAUUGGGGUGUAAUUCAUUUGCACUUGCUUAGCACACACUGCCAGGAAAGGGAGAUGCAGAACCCUGUAGUCACUAAUUGAAUCAGCCCUGCCAUGAGGAGCCACUCUCCAGAUGAAAAAAAAAAUUAGUGUCACAGCAGUGAGCAAAAUUGCUUUCACCAGGACACGGUGGUCUCAGCACAGCACUGGCACUCCAGGAGAGAGGAAGGACUGAAGAGGCUAUUAAAUUGAUUUCUUCUCCAGCUUUUGUGGGCAGCUUUCAUCCUCUGAGGAAGGCACUGUUAGAUCUUUUUGAGAUGUGUGUGUGUGCAUUUUGCCUGUUUUUUUGAAGGCCUGUUAGUUUUCAUCUAGGGACAGUCCCUAUCUGAGGAAUGCACAUGGAUCCCAUUAAAACCAAGGGAAUAGUCUUUUUCUUUUUUUCUUCUUUUUAUUGGUGAAGGGGCAAAGGAGAGGUGUGAAACCCAGUCCUGCUACAAGCACUGCAUUUGAGACAACCCCCACAAUCCCAAACUCAGUCUGAAGACAGAAAACGAAAAGGACACAGACAUUUGUGUCCCACCUGACUGCAAAAUCAAAUGGGGUUGCACCAGUUUUCCACUGAGGGGAAUAAGAACCCUGUGAAGGGCAGAUGUACAGCCCUGAGUUUCCAGUGAGCUCAGAUCUCGGCACAGUGUGGCUGUGGCCACCCAGCCUGCAAAACCUCUGAGGAUAAGCAGAUGUCGUGAAGAUCCCUGGAGUUCAAGUGCUGGUGACCCCAGGCCAGCCAGCUGUGAGCCAGCUCUGCUGUGGCCACGUUGUUGAGGCCAUGCCAGCAGUGAGAACCCAGCACUGACAUGCCAUGAGACCAUCAGGAUGCUCUCUGAGCAGCUCUCUGAUUCCCAAAUGCAGGGAAAGCAAGAGGAUGCUUAAAAUUUCCUGCCCUUUCUUGCGCUGAAGCCCUUCUGCCCUGACAGCCUUGGAAACAAGAUCCCACUGAAACCCUCCUGAGGUUCUCAGAGGCCAGGACACUUUUAUUUUAGUGGUCACAGUCCCAAACCUGCCAGAGCUCGAGGAGUGUUUGGACAACGCUCCCAGGCACAUGGGAGGUUGAUUUUUGGGGUUGUCCUGUGCAGGGCCAGGAGUUGGUCUCAAUGAUCCUUGUGGGUCCCUUCCAGCUCAGGAUAUUCUGUGAUUCUCCAUUUGUUUGGUGUUUGUGUGGCUCUGGAGAGCCCUUUCAGACCUGCAGUAGGACUCUCAAAGGAAACACUGGAGAAAUCCCACCAGCACCACCAGUUCUUCUCCUGUGCCUGGCCCGAAGCAAGGCUUUGACCCAGCUCUGCAUUUUGCCAGGUGAAUGUCCAGAUGCAGGGAAGCCCAGAAGAAGCAAGGGAAAGCUCUCCUCUCAGCUCCCAAGUCGUUCCACUUGGUACAAAAUGCUUUAUCUCACUGGUUCAGAGUUUUGAAGCAGUGUCAGUCAGGGAAAGAUUUGAUUCACCAGGCUGCAGAGUCAUUCACCCUCCUAAUCUGUUAGGGGAAACGUGUAUGCCCAGGAAAUUGGAUGGGCUGCAGAGGAGCACUGCCCAAAUCUUGUGGACGCAUCCACUGAGGUGCCUGAGGUGUGAACUGGAAUCCCAGGUCCCAGCCAAGCAAAAGAGGAGCUCAGGCACAGAGCUGUCAAGCAGAAGUGAUGCACCAUUGCCAGCAGGCUCCUUUGUGGGACGGGAGGGAAUCCCUGCCCAUCUGUUCCAGGCAGCCUCACUGGGAUGGCAGGUCUGUGAGCCAUCAGCAGUGAGACACAUGGUGCAUUUUCCCUCUGCUCACCUGCCUUUUUUCCUCUCCCUGUGCUUGUCACUCCACUUGCAGGGGGACUUUCUGCUCUGUGUUUUCAGCUUGGUCUCUGUUUCAUCCCUGUGCCAGCAUCAACCGGAUGCCAAAGGCACUGGGAACACGUUUGCCUUUUGGAGGCGUGACAGGCAAAAAUCCAGCUGGCUAUUUACCCGUUCCACAGGGAAUGUGGGAGAUUCACCACCAGCCUGUUCUGCACAGGAGCCUGAAGAGAGGCUGCUCCCUGAACUGAGGGGCUCCUUCAAAACCUGUGGACAGCAUCAGUGUGCCAGAACAGUGCCCCAGGCAUCCUGCUGGCGAUUAUUCCAGCACUGAACAUCCAGCCACGUUGCCAUUACGCUGUCAAGGGGAUUUGAGAGAUUAAAUGAACGUGCUGAAUGUACCUGCUGUGACAGGCAUGGCAAUGUUAGUGACACAGGCAGGGCAGAGCUGCCAGCACAGCUGCCUGGGCCUUGGAUUUCGGACAAACACGGGAGUUUCAGUGCUGAAAUCAGAGCUUUUCACUCUGGGGGCGUGAGCAAUCCAGUGAAUGAUGACAUUGGGAUCAGGCCCUCUUUUGACUGGCUUGGUGCAGGAAUUUGGCUCCAUACCUUGGCAUCCUCUACUCUUGUUUUUCAUCCAACUCAUCAAUAAAAUGGGAGCCCAAGGACUUCACUACAAAUGACAACCUGAGGUGAGCUGUCCUGCUCCCAAACAGAGCACACAAAGCAAGCCCCAGUCUGACCCCCUCAACUCCAAUGUAACACAGGAGGGACUCCAGAAAAGCAAUUGCAUUAAUUUGCUGCAAAAUAAUAUUGAUAUUCACACCUGCAUACGGGACAGAGAUGUUUGGGGAUCAUGAAUUUGGACUCCAAAACUCUUUACAGAAAUUAAGGCAAAUUCUGGUCCCACACGCCCCAAUCGCUUCACUGCAGCGACUCCUGAAUUACACUUUAAAAUAAUUUUUUUAUCUUCAGUCUGGAACUUUUUCUUCCCUUUUCACACCAGUGAGAGAGCAAGCCCCUCCUGUUAAUUAGUCACUCUGCAUUUCAGUGAUUAAAUGAUUAAACAUUAUGAAUAAGUGUGCAAUAAUUGCAAUACAAACAUUAAAUUAUGGUGUCGAGGAGUAGAGGUACAAGCUUCAACACUAAGAUUAGACUGUAGAUAUUUCUGUUCAGCUGGGACCUAAAGAUAUUUCUAUUCAGCUGGGACCUGUCUUGCUCUGUGACCUCAUAAGCAGCAAGAAAUGAGAAUAUGACCGUGUGUGGGGUUAAAAAGAAAGAAGAGUAAAGAAAUUCUAGGCUAUUGCAAAAUUUCAGGGCAUUAACUUGAAACUUUUUAAAAUCAAAAAGGCUAGGAGAUGAAACACUUGAAUAUUUUAGUUUAAUUUAGUUUAGUUUAGUUAAUUUGGGUUGUUUUAUUUUUUGGGUUUUUUUUGCCUAGAAAGCAGUUAUAUUUUUCUUAAGGAAGAUGUUGCUGGAGAAAAGCUGUUUUGUACAUUAACACCUACUGAUUAAUGGAAGUUUUCUAGUGGUUUUUAAAAAGCAAACUGAAGUUCCAAAGAAAGCUCAGGAGUGAGUGAACAUCACUUGGCUCCUUGGCAGGGAUUAAAGGGGCUUGGUGGGAUUAUUUUGUCUCCAGUCCUUCCACCUUCACCCCAGUGCUCAAACAAGGGAAACCCCAGUGGGUGUCUGCGGGAAAUACGAAAUAUUUUCAGGCUGAAAGGGAAUCUCACCGACUGGGAAACGCCAACAAGUGUCUUUCUGGAGCUUCUUUCAUCCUGUCUGCACAAGUUCAGCUCGGUUUGAUGAAGUGCCUGUGGAAAUACAGGUGGAUCAGGAGCAAUGCUCCUUCUCUGGAAGGUGUCACAUCAAAGCCCAUGUAAAACAUUCUCCUUCCUUCCCAUCAAGUCCCACCUUCUGCUUUCGGGUGGGGUGUUCAGCUGACAGAAGGAUCGUGAUUGAGGUGCUGACACGGCCCAGCUUCCUUCCCAGCCUCCAGCAUCCGUGCAGGGAUGAAUGUUCCAGACUCUUGGAGCCAGGGGCUGCACUCCUGAGCUCCCUGUGUAACUUGGCACUUUUCCCAGGCAGAGGUGCUGGUGGGCAGGGCCACAAAGCUGCUCGACUGUAGAUGACCCUCAGAAGUGUAGGAGGUUCAAGCUCUUGGCCUCACAUGUACCCAUAUCAAGCCAGAGUGGCUCUGCUGGCAUCAUCCAGGAACUAAACUGAGAAGCAGCAAGGGAAACAAUUAAUUCCCAGGAUGGUACGUGGGGUCAGAGGUGCCAAAAUCCACCGUUUUGUUCCAGCCGGUCGACUUUUCAUCCCAUCUCCACACCCAGUAUUUACACAGCAGUCUGAUGAGGUAGAAUUACAGUGAGUGACCUUGUUAUUUCCCCUGGAGAGCUGUGCAGCUGUAAACCAUGGCUUGUAGGAAUUAGGAGCUUCCUGGGACCACGGACCACCUCUUCCACCUGCUGCUGAAUGUCCUGACUCCUUGUUUGCUUUCGUGGUGUUGUGUGCUCUUCACUGCAGAGCCCUGGGCUUGAACCCCUGGUUAUUUCUGGAACACUGUGAAGUCAACAGGGAAGAAGACAAACAUUGGGACUGGAGACCAGGUUAGCAGGUCUGCAGGGAAAAUAAUGCCCAUUUUGGGGUCUGAGCUUCAGGACACGCACACUUGGCAUCAGCAGAGCCCUGGGGGAUUUUAUACCCCAGCUUUGUGGAUAUUGUACAUUUGUACAUAGGGGGAAACCUGAGCAGCACAUUUAAAAAAAAAAACUAAAUUAAAAAAAAAAAACAACACACUAAAUAAAUGAUACUUUUGAUACUUGGGUGACGAUGAUAAAUUAAGUUCCAAAAGGCACUUUUGAGUUCAGAAGUGCACUUUCCGGACUCUGCCUCGGACACCUCGAGCUGUUGGUCGGUGGCUGGUGCCAGCUGACUCCUCUCACUCGAGCUGUCAGCACCUCUGCUCUGCCCUCCUGUAAAUAGGCUUUGACAGCAGAGAGUGAUGGGAACUGGCUGUGAACAGAGACUCACCCUCUCUGUGGACUUUUCCUGUACCUUGGUGCUUGUGACGUUUCCUUCAUGCCAGUGAGAACAGGCCUGCUUGCUCAGCACAGGUGACACCUCUGCCUUGUUUCAUGGCCUUUUGCCUGAUGUUAUUUAUUUUGUUCUGACUCUGUAAAUAUGCAAUGAAUUGGCAAUUUUUUUUUAAUUUUUCUCUUUUUUUUUUUUUGCCUUUGUAUUUGGUUCAUCUCCUUGCUCCGGAGGAGGUUCCUCUCUGUGGUUGACACUGCUGACAACGAGCAAUAAAACCAUUGUGAAGGCAUCAUGUCUAA